UCCUAUUCACAGAUUGGAUUCAUGGGUUAAAAGGGCAGUAGUUCAUUUUGCCUGAGGAAAUUAACACAUCCUUCCGCAUGCAUCAGCUCAGCUCAAACUUUUCAUGCUGACACACUGAUCAAGUACUGAAGAAUUCAACAUGCAUUACGAGGACAUUUUGAAUCAUAUCGGGCCUUUUGGCAAGUACCAGAAACUGCUGGUGUUUGCCUUGUUUUUGGUUUUUAUUCCACCUCCCUUUCACUUCAUAGGGCAGGUGUUCCUGGCUGCUAACACCGAUCACUGGUGUGCAGUACCAGCCAGCCAGAUGAUCAACUGCAGCCAACUCCAGCUGGCUGAGUGUCAGGAAGAGCAGAGGAGCUACAGUAUUCCCUAUGAGAUUGAUGAUGAUGGAAACAAAGUCUAUUCCUCGUGUGAGCGGUAUGUCAUGAAUGAUGAAGACGUUGGUAGAAACAUGAGUUUUAAUUCAACGGACGUCAUCUCCUGCGAUGCUGGCUGGGAAUUUGAUCACUCACGCUACAAGUCCACCAUCAAUGAAGAUUUCAGCUUGGUCUGUGACAGACAGGAUCUACCUGCCUAUGCCCAGUCAGUUUGGUUUGCGGGAUUGCUGGUUGGUUCCUUGGUGUGGGGUUAUGUGGGCGACUGGAUUGGUAGGAGAAAUACCUUUAUUUUAACUGUCAUUCUUGUCACAAUUUCAUCGACUGUUACAUCUUUUGUGCCCAACUUUACUGCCUACGCUGCCAUGCGCUUCUUUACAGCAGCCAGUACUUAUGGUGAAUAUCUCAUGAUAUAUGUCUUAGUUUCUGAAAUAGUUGGUCCUAAAAAUCGUGUAGGUGCAACAACUGUGCUAUUUCUAGCCUUUGCUGUAGGUUACAUGAUUCUGUCCCUUCUGGCAUUCCUUCUGAGAGAAUGGCGCCACCUACAGUUAGCUAUAUCACUCCCCUUCGUCCUCACUUUUCUUGUGAUCAUUGUGUUCCCUGAAUCUCCUCGCUGGCUGAUAACAAAAGGCAGAUACAAAGAAGCUACCAAAAUCAUUGAAAAGAUAGCUAAAGUGAAUGGUAUCGAGGCUCCAGAAGACUUACUGGAUAAACUGAGUGAAGAAAGCAAAGAAGACAAGAAGCAGUCUUCUCGCAUCCCUGUCACCCAACUUGAUCUGAUCCGCACUCCCAACCUCCGCAAGAAAACUCUCAUCCUUUGGGUUGACUGGUUUGUUGUCAACAUGGUAUAUUACGGACUAUCUCUGAGUACCUCUGCCUUGGGGGUAGAUGAUUACCUUGCUGCCUUUGUGUCUGGUGCCAUAGAGAUACCCAGCUAUCUUUUCUGUUGGUAUAUGAUGGACCGUUUUGGCAGACGCAUUACCCUAGUUGCCUUCUACAUCUUUGGUGGAGUGUUUUGCCUCAUUACAAUCUUCAUUCCUCUUGGAGCUGCCAGAGCUGCAGUAGCCCUGUUGGGCAAAUUCGCAAUCAGUGCAGCGUUCGCGCAGGUGUUCCUGGCUGCUAACACCGAUCACUGGUGUGCAGUACCAGCCAGCCAGAUGAUCAACUGCAGCCAACUCCAGCUGGCUGAGUGUCAAGAAGAGCAGAAGAGCUACAGUAUUCCCUAUGAGAUUGAUGAUGAUGGAAACAAAGUCUACUCCUCGUGUGAGCAUAGCUCAAGGAAUGGUACCAAGGCUCCAGAAGACUUACUGGACAAACUGAGUGAAGAAAGCAAAGAAGACAAGAAGCAGCCUUCUCGCAUCCCUGUCACCCAACUUGAUCUGAUCCGCACUCCCAACCUACGCAAGAAAACACUCAUCCUUGGGGUUGACUGGUUUGUUGUCAACAUGGUAUUUUACGGAAUAUCUUUGAGUACCUCUGCCUUGGGGGUAGAUGAUUACCUUGCUGCCUUUGUCUCUGGAGCCAUAGAGAUACCUAGUAAUCUUUUCUGUUGGUACGUGAUGAACCGUUUUGGCAGACGCAUUACCCUAGUUGCCUUCUACAUUUUUGGUGGAGUGUUUUGCCUCAUUACAAUCUUCAUUCCUCUUGGAGCUGGCAGAGCUGCAGUAGCCAUGUUCGGCAAAUUUGCAAUCAGUGCAGCGUUCGGUCACAUCUACAUCUACUCUCUUGAAAUCUAUCCAACCAUCAUUCGGAGUAUCGGCAUGGGUACCUCUUCCAUGGUGGCUCGUGUUAGUGGCAUCCUCUGUCCUAUCAUCUUGAUCCUGGGCAAGUACUGGAAACCACUACCUCUCUGUGUUUUUGGAGGAAGCGCCAUCAUUGCUGGAGUCCUGUCUCUGAUGCUCCCAGAGACCGUGGGCUGCAGUCUGCCUGAUACCAUCCAGGACGGAGAGAACUUCGGCAGUAAGUCAUACAAUCAUUUACUCUCCUAUCACUUUUGCUCAUCCUUUGCUUGGUCUGAGCUGGCUGAGUGUCAGGAAGAGCAGAAGAGCUACAGUAUUCCCUAUGAGAUUGAUGAUGAUGGAAACAAAGUCUACUCCUCGUGUGAGCGGUAUGUCAUGAAUGAUGAAGACGUUGGUAGAAACAUAAGUUUUAAUUCAACAGACGUCAUCUCCUGCGAUGCUGGCUGGAAAUUUGAUCACUCGAGCUACAAGUCCACCAUCAAUGAAGAUUUCAGCUUGGUCUGUGACAGACAGGAUCUACCUGCCUUUGCCCAUGCAGCGUUUGGUCACAUCUACAUCUACACUCUUGAAAUCUAUCCAACCAUCAUCCGGAGUAUCGGCAUGGGUACAUCUUCCAUGAUGGCUCGUGUUAGUGGCAUCCUCUGUCCUAUCAUCUUGAUCCUGGGCAAGUACUGGGAACCACUACCUCUCUGUGUCUUUGGAGGAAAUGCCAUCAUCGCUGGAGUCCUGUCUCUGAUGCUUCCAGAGACCAUGGGAUACAGUCUGCCUGAUACCAUUCAGGAUGGAGAGAACUUCAGCAAGGGAAGAAGCUUCCAGCUUUGCGUCAAGGGCAAUGAUGAUGUAGAGAAUGAAAGUCCCACUCAAGCUCCCAUCGACUACCUGCCACUAUCCACAAUGGAUCAAACUCCCAAGCAACCUGUGGAUGUCUGA